AGGCCCCAACAUGAAACUAAAGCGGUGGACAGUAUAUAAGUAUAAAUGACUGGCAGACUGACAAGUGAGCAGUUUGGACAAAUGGCGGGUGGGUCACGUUAGUCCUGCAGGCUGGAAGUUCCCCACUGCUGCAGGUAUAAGCCAUGAUGUAUCAUUUUUUGAAAGUAAGAACUAAAUACCACUGUGAAGCAUAUUCACCAAUGACAUUACAUCAUGCAAAUUAACUAAAACUUGAUGCUGACUGGCUGUUGCAUCUGAUUUCACAAUGUAGCCACCCAACAAUGAUGUCCUCUUUUACUAAUGUAAAUCGUGCUUGUGAAACCAAAACACUACCAAGCUAGACAUACAAGGAGGCAUGGUCAAACAGCUAUUGCAUCCACAUUGAGAUACAUCUGAAAGAUACAACCAUCUCCUGCUGUCUGGACUCUGAAUAACAAUUGGUAAUUCUCCAAAAAUCUUCAAAUGAAGUUGUGGAAGGAAAAAAAGAAAACAUGUCUUCAGACCAAGAUCAACACAUCCGAGGAAGCUGCUGCCUCAGAGGUGUACAUGACUAUGGUGUCAACCUCUAAAAAUUCUUCAGCAAAAGCCACGGGGCUUCAGAGUGAUUUAAUCUUUGAAGAAUUUGGCCAGCGCAUCAAAGAAGUUGGCAGUCAGCUUGUAAAAAAGGUGAAUGCUGUCUUUCAGUGGGACAUCAUGAGUGGAGGGAAGAUGGUGGCACAGUGGACUCUAGAUCUGAAGACUGGCUCUGGCGAGGUCUACAAAGGAGGUUCCCGCAAGCCUGCAAACACUGUGUUCAUUCUCUCUGACCAUGACUUCAUGGAGCUUGUUCUGGGCAAGAUAAAGCCACAAAGGGCUUUUCUGGUUGGCAAGGUGAAAGUGAGGGGCAAUAUUCUGCUCAGUCACAAACUGGAGACAAUUCUCAAAGACUAUGCUAAGUUCUGAAUUGCUCCACCAGCAGGAAAAUUGAUCAUACCCCUUAUUCUCUUUAGUCAAGAUGCAGGUCAUAGAGGAGAAUGAAAUUAAAAUGCAGAGUAUUUUAAUGGGAAA